GCAGAUGUUACGGUCACUGAUCUUGAGGAACUUCAGGAUUUGCUGAAUGUUAAUAUUGAAAAGAACAAGCAUCUUGUCACAGGCUCAGUUCAAGCCAAGGUACUGAAAUGGGGUGAAGAUGUAAAAGAAUUUCUGCCUGCACCAGACUACAUACUUAUGGCAGAUUGCAUUUACUAUGAGGAGUCAUUAGAGCCACUGCUGAAGACCCUGAAAGACCUUUCAGGUCCUGAUACCUGUAUCAUAUGCUGUUACGAACAAAGGACUAUGGGCAAAAAUCCAGAAAUUGAGAGAAAAUACUUUGAGCUGCUUCAGAUGGACUUUGAGUCGGAAAAGGUUCCACUGGAGAAACACGAUGAGGAGUAUCGGAGUGAGGACAUUCACAUCUUGAACAUCCGAAGGAAGAAAAACAGCAGGAAUUUCCCAUUGUGAGAUCUUUGGCUAUGUUAUCUGAUCCUCUGGAGAGGAGAGAGUGAGCGUCAGUUAGCUCAAAGAAGCUGCCUUCAAAGCUGUUCAUGGCACAUCUACGGAAUGUCCUCUAGAUGGCGAAUUCGGGAAGAGACAUAAGGAGAAAGUGGAUCAGUCACUGUAGAACUUCAGGCAGAAUCCAGCUCAGAGGACAAAUGUGAUUGGUAAAUAUUAACAAAGGGGCCUCACCAAAAGAGAGCUAAAAAUGGGACUGAAAUGUAACCUAGACUGAUGUCAUGCUCCAUUCAUUUGCAUGGGGUGGGGGAUGCACUCACGAAUCAGGCACGUAGAGUGCCAAGUUCAGACAAAUCUGAUCCAAACAUUCCAUAAAGACACCUGUUUGAAGUGGAAAGCGCGAAGGAAGCUGAAGAUAAACCACUUUUCCUGAAGAGGAAACUCCUUAUCCUGACUGAAUUUCACCUAAAUUAAGAGCCAAUACCUAUGUAUACUUCAUAAAGAGUUUGUGCUUGA